AUGUCGGCAGAACCUAAGACUGAGGUUGGUGUUUCGCACGACGAGCGUCGGGAGAGUGCGACAGACAUUCGACAAGUGCAAAAUGUGGCUCUAGCAGAUGCUACUGCGAAGGCUGGUGUUUCGCCAUGGACACCUGCGAUGUUCAGACUUUACGUGUGUCUGCUUGUGGCAACAUUGAACUCCUGCAUCAACGGUUACGAUGGUUCCUUGAUGGGUGCCAUCAACUCAUACCCCCAAUACCGAGGUUACUUCGGCUUCAGUGUCGAUGAGGGCACGCCUUCCACCGGUAUCGUCUACGCCAUCUACACCAUCGGAAAUCUGGUCGGUUCUUUCGCCGCGGGACCCGCCACUGAUAUCAAGGGCCGCAAAUGGGGCAUGUUCUUGGGAUGCCUCAUCAUUAUCAUUGGUACCUGCAUUCAGGCUAGCAGCACGAGCCUGGGAGGCUUCAUGGGUGGCCGCUUUGUCCUCGGUUUUGGUGUCGCCAUCACAUCCACCGCAGGUCCCGCCUACGCCUCCGAGAUGGCCCAUCCUGCCUACCGUGGUGUACUCACGGGAAUUUUCAAUACAUUUUGGUUCGUAGGAGGAAUUCCCGGCACUUUUGUUCCAUAUGGCACAUCGACGAUGGAAGGCACCAUUUCGUGGCGCAUCCCCAUCUGGCUUCAAAUGUUCUUCGCUGGUGUUGUCCUAGUUUGCUCGCCCUUCCUACCCGAAACGCCCCGUUGGUUGAUCGCCAAUGACCGCCACGAGGAAGCCCUGAACACGAUGGCCAAGUACCACGGUGAAGGAAGCCGUGACUCACCCAUCGUGCAGCUAGAAUACAAGGAGAUGGUAGAAGAUAUUUCCGUGACUGGUUCAGACAAACGCUGGUGGGAUUACCGCGAGCUGUUCAACAGCCCUGAGCAACGCUACAGGACUAUGAUUGUCCUCACCAUGGCAUUUUUCGGACAAUGGUCUGGUAACGGUCCGGUCUCCUAUUACUACCCGACGAUGCUUCAGGGUGCCGGGAUCACCAGCAACCACCGCCGUCUCCUACUCAACGGUAUGCAGAACGUCGUCUCCUUUGGCGGUGCCGUCUUCGGCGCUGUCUACACCGACAAGUGGGGUCGUCGACCGCAACUGCUCGUUUCCACGGGUAUCUGUGUGGGUAUCUUCUGCAUUGUGUGCGCGCUCGUAGCUACCAACGUCGUCAACGGACCAGACGGCAAGCCGAAGGUCGAUGACUCUGGAACACCCAUGAUCAAGAGUUCUGGACAGGCCAAAGCGGUUAUUGCUUUCAUCUUCAUCUUCGGAUUCAUCUUCUCAGCCGGAUACACGCCGCUGCAGCAGUUGUACCCCGUAGAGUGUCUCAGGUACGAAUCACGCGCGAAGGGAAUGGCCUUCUACAACUUUUGGGUCAACAUUGCUGGGUUUUACAACACGUUCGUGACUGGCAUUGCGUUCUCUGGAGCUGGAUGGAAGUACUACUUCCUUUUCAUCUUCUGGGACAUAUUUGAAUUCGUAUUCAUUUACUUCUUCUACGUCGAGACGCGUCGCCGUACCCUCGAGGAGCUUUCUGAGAUCUUCAGGGCGAAAAAGCCGGUCCAGGCUUCCCUCAGCAAGACGCAGAUCGUUAUGCACGGCAACCAAGGUGUCACCGAGGUGUUUGACAAGGAGACGGCAGCUUAA